AUGGCUGGAAUCGACGGAGGUCCCCGGGGACGCAUCGUGCUGUUCCCGCUGCCGUUCCAGGGCCACCUUAGCCCGAUGCUGCAGCUGGCCGACGUGCUCCACGCCCGAGGCCUCGCAAUCACCAUCGUCCACACCACCUUCAACGCCCCUGAUCCGGCUAGUCACCCGGAGUUCACCUUCGUCGCCGUGCCCGAUGGCAUGCAGGACGUGGUGGGGGCCCCCAAGGACGGCAUAGGCAAGAUCCUCUCCAUGAACGCCGCCAUGGAGGCGUCUGGGUGCGUCCGCGACGCGCUCGCGUCGAUUCUCGCGGCGGAGCCCCGGCCCGCGUGCCUUGUCAUCGACACCAGCCUCCCCGCCGUGCAGAAGGCGGCGUCUCAGCUAGGCCUGCCGACCAUCGUGCUGCAUACCGGCAGCGCGGCAGUCGUCCGCUUGUUCAGGUCAUACGCCAUGCUCCACGACAAGGGAUAUUUGCCAGCCCAAGAGCAUGAACUAAACAAGCCAGUGAAGGAGCUGCCACCAAUACGAGUCUCGGACUUGUUCGAUCCAAGCAAAUACCCCAACCAAGAAAUGGCGAACAAGAUCUUGGACAUCGCCACUGAAACUACAACAAACUCCUCUGGAAUAGUAAUCAACACAUUCGAAGCUCUGGAGAUUCCUGAGCUUGAGGCAUUGCGGGAGGAGCUCGCUUCCAGUGGUGUCAAUGUCUUCGCCAUCGGUCCACUUCACAAACUCUCCACCAUUGGCGAUGCCAGCAGCCUGCUUGAACAGGACCGCAGCUGCAUCGAGUGGCUGGACACGCAGGCAGAGGGCACGGUGUUGUAUGUGAGCUUUGGGAGUGUGGUUCCAGUGCACCGAGAUGACUUCAACGAGGUUGCUUGGGGCCUCGCAAAUAGUGGCAAGCCUUUUCUUUGGGUCGUUCGCCAUGGCCUCAUCAUUGGUUCCCAGGAUACAGAGUUGCCAGAUGGGUUUGAAAAGGCGGUAGAGAGCAGAGGCAAGGUGGUAAGGUGGGCACCUCAACAAGAGGUACUAGCACACCAUGCGGUGGGUGGGUUCUGGACACACAAUGGGUGGAACUCCACACUCGAGAGCAUCUGUGAGGGGGUUCCCAUGUUGUGUAGGCCUUUUUUUGGAGAUCAACUAGCGAACGGGAGGUAUGUAGAAGAUGUGUGGCAGAUAGGAACUUUGUUGGUGGGUAAGCUAGAACGGGGAAAGAUUGAGCAGGCGAUUGCGGGAUUAAUGGAACGGGAAGAUGGCACCACGAUGAGGGAACGGGCAAAGGAGCUAAAGAUGAAAGUUGCGAUGUGCUUGAAGAACACCGGGUCUACUCAGUUGGCAGCAGAUAAGUUGGUAGACCACAUGCUAUCUCUAUGAAAAUAAUAUGAAGAGUAUAAGUAUGCUUGCGGUCGAUAUUUCAAAAUAUUGAUUGUUAUGCGAGAAAUAAUGGAUAUGGAAUAAUUAUAUUGUUACAAUUGUAA